UUUGAUGCAUUCCGUGUUUGAGUUUGGCUUGUAGUGAAGGUAAAUCUUGUUAUGUCGGUUGUGAUUUUAAUGGUGUCCUAAGCGCGGCCGCAUGCCAAGAUGGGAGCGUGUCGCAGCCCCAAGAGGACAUUGGUAAUGGAGAAUACAGAUUAGACGGGUGUGAGCGGCGGCCACGGCGAGAGUGAGAGCGAGAGAGUAGCCAGGAUGACCGCCAUGUCGGCGGAGGAGCGCCAGCACGAGGACCUGUGCGGCGGCGGGGCGCUGAGUCGCGAGGCCUCGCCCGCCCCGGCGCGCCCUGCCCGCGCCGGCUCCCCGCUCGACCUAAGCCGGGAGGAGGCCCUGCAUGCCCACGCCCACGUCCGCCACGGUGACGCCCGCAGCCCCAAGGGCGGCCAUGGGCGGCUCUCCUUCAGCAUCUCGUCGCUCCUGGAGUCAUCGGGGCGCGCGGCGGCGCUCCGCCACCGCCUGCUGGAGGAGGCCAGCGAGGAGGAGCGGGAGAGCGAGGGAUAUGGCGGCGGCCGGAGUGAGAGGGACAGUGAACGGGGCGAGAGGGACAGUGAGAGGGGCAGUGACCGGGGGGAGCGGGAAGAGCGGGAUGGGGACGACCGCGAGAGGCUGAGCUGUGGCGGCAGCGAGCCUGAGGGCGAGGGCGACGACGAGGAGGGCGACGCGCGUCCCUUCCAGCCCUUCACCUACACCCACAUGCCCUUCAUGGGCGCGGGCGGUCUGCUCCCGCCCUUUAACCUGGUGCCGCCCAUGAGCGCUGCCGCGGCCGCCGUAGCCGCGGGCUUGGGGUCGCAAGCGUCACUGGCGCCCAUGGGCGGACCCGGCAGCGUCAUCCGCGUGCCAGCACACCGGCCCUCCAUGGGCGGCGCAGGGCCUGGUGGUGCCCUAGGAGCCAUGCUGCCACACAUGGGUGGUGCGCCCCUGCCCUGGCUAGCGGGCCUCACGCCCCUGGAACGGACGGCAGCCAUGGCGCACCACUUGUCGGCCCUGGCGCCCAUCACAGGUCCCUUCGGAUUCCCUCGGCGGAUCGGCCACCCCUACCAGUCCAGGACGCCCCCCAAGAGGAAGAAACCCCGCACCUCCUUCACUAGAGUACAGGUGAACGAGCUGGAGAAGAGGUUCAACAAGCAGAAGUACCUGGCGUCCAGCGAGAGAGCCCAGCUGGCCAAGCAACUCAAGAUGACAGACGCGCAGGUCAAGACGUGGUUUCAGAAUCGCAGGACUAAGUGGAGGAAAUCUAAUUCGUGUUUCCCCGACAGGCGCCAGGAGGCCGAGGACCGCGAGCAGGAGCGGAAUGCCACCAACCGCCUCAUGCUGGGGAUCUCUCCUGAAGGAUCCGCUAAGCCUCUCUACCCCAGCUCCGACGACUCCUCCCUCACCCCCCUGCCUUCAGUCCAGGUCCAGAACGCCAGUCCGACCCUCCCCGCGGUGUGAGGGGGGCGCGCGGAGGGGCAGGAGGGGUGAAGCAGAGAAAACCCCUCGGUGAGCAUUAAUAGAAUUUCAGCCUCAGAGCAAGACUUGGUUCACUCCCCUCACUGCUGUCCUCCUCCGCCCUCCCUCCACUCCCGCCCCUGCCUCACCCUACCGCGGAAGGGAGGAGAGGAGAAAAGGAGGAGAAGAAAGAGGGAGAGUGUGAGGCGCUCUUAGGAUGGAAGCUCUCCUGAAGGUCACUCGGCGAAGGAUUCCAUCGUGCUGCGGAGAAGAGAGCCGAGCAGGACACCUCCCCUCGUGUGUCUUGGCGGAGACUCCCUUAGUAAUGUUACGUUGAAAGGAACGCGUGGCGGCAGCGGGACCUGUGGUGUGCUGCCCCAAACACGGCAAUAAGAGACACAGUGAAGGCAAGUGUGUGUACGCAGUGUUCUAUCGUCGCCCAGUGAAACGAGUUACGGACGAGUGAAGACUUGCAGUGAGGAGACAAGAGGUGUGAAGAGUGACGCGUUACGAAGAAGCGACGAGUACCAGACAUGAGUGUUGGAGUGAGAUGAACUAGUGAGUGACAGACAGUAUAAGUGACCUCAUUAAGGUUCUGCUAUAGACGAUGCAUUGAUACAAAUCCUUCUCAGUUCCCGUGUUCUUAGCAAACAAUUCAAUCCUGUUCCAACACGCGCCUUACUCAAACUUUCGCUCCUUUCUUUUGAUUAACGACUCAUAGUAAUUAUUUUCGACUCCCUGUUAUUUUUCCAGCAUUAAACUAGACGUGUAACUCCGGUGGUCUUGAUAGGAGGUGCCAGUCCUCUGUAGAGUGGCUAUGGAGGAUGUGUGUGUGUAUAUACAGUAUUGAACCCUCUUUAGCAACCCUCCUCCCCCUCAGCCGCCCCCUCCCGCACCCUGUUCAAGGAUACGCGAAGGCCAGAUGCAAGUUGUUAUUUCUACUCCACACAGAAAAAAAAACAAAAAACAUUCAUAAUCAUAACAAAGAAAACAUAUUUCUUAUAAUUUAAAACACUAAAUAUGUCAAUAACUUACAAGAAAAACACAGGGAAGGCUUCAGCUUUGUGUCUUUCUCUCGGGAAGCAAGAAAAUUCCAAACUAUUUUUUCCCAGAAAACACAAGAAAGGAUUCCAGUUCCCCCUUUCUCUCUCUGGAUGAAGGAAAAUUAACAUGUUUUUACCUGGACAACUCAACCUGAUGUCCUAAUUAAGACCCACGUGUCUGUAUCCAGGUGAUUGUAAGGUAACCCAAGUGCUUGUUUGUAGUUAAUGAAUACUGCUAUUACUGUGUCUGAUUUUGAUGAAGUGUGUGUGUGUGUGUGUGUGUGUGUGUGUGUGUGUGUGUGUGUGUGUGUGUGUGUGUGUGUGUGUGUGUGUGUGUGUGUGUGUGUGUAGUAGUAGUAGUGGUGGUAGUAGUAGUAGUAGUAGUAGUAGUAGUAGGAAAGUAAACCAUUUCUGCCACAUUUAGUCAGAGAGAGAGAGAGAGAGAGAGAGAGAGAGAGAGAGAGAGAGAGAGAGAGAGAGAGAGAGAGAGAGAGAGAGAGAGAGAGAGAGAGAGAGAGAGAGAGAGAGAAAUAACAAUAAAAAAAAAUAACACCAUCACAACCACAAUCGAGAUGUUGUUAUUCUUUUCUUCUCCUGUACGAGUGACCGCUACUUUUUUAUACCCAGUGAUGAAAGAAACACCUGAAUUUUACAUAUGCCUUUAUUUCCCGGACGCAGAAGACAGGCGGGGUACAGGGGAGGAGGAGGAGGAGGAGGAGGAGGAGGAGGAGGAGGAGGAGGAGGAGGAGGAGGAGGAGGAGGGUGAAUAGAUAAAAGUACGGUUAGGAGAGGUAGAAAUGAAAAGGAAAUUAUUAUUGGUAGUUUAUUUUCUAGUGCAGAGAGAGAGAGAGAGAGAGAGAGAGAGAGAGAGAGAGAGAGAGAGAGAGAGAGAGAGAGAGAGAGAGAGAGAGAGAGAGAGAGAGAGAGAGAGAGAGAGUCACCAUUCACUUGAUAAACCUAUAGAAAAUAACAUACACAAACAUUAGACCAUAAUAAAAAAACACGCAGCAAAAAAUCUAACAUACGAAAACGAAAAGAAAAGGAAAGAGAGAAAAUAGAAUAAAAAAAACAAAAAAUAGAGACAACAAAGACGGGGCAUGGAGAGGCGAGAUAAAAGAGGAGAGAGAAAGGGGAAAUGAAAACGGGGGUUGGUUAGGUCACUAGCAUGAGGGGAGACUAUUAAAAGGCUAUUGACACUGAAGUAAGGUGGGAGAUAGGGGAGGGGGAGGGUGAAGAGAGGGAAGAGGGUGAAGAGGGAGGAAGGGGAGAGGAAGGGGGAGGAGUGGGAACUCUCGGCUUUCAGUAUUGUAUUGAUAACAAUCUCCCUUUGCUGUUAGGAGGAGGAGGAGGAGGAGGAGGAGGAGGAGGAGGAGGAGGAGGAGGAGGAGGAGGAGGAGGAGGAGGAGGAGGAGGAGGAGGAGGAAGAUAAUCUAUAUAUAUACCUUCAAAUGAGGGUAAUGACAGAGUGCAUUCUUGACACACACCAACCUAACAAAGCCUACACUUCUCCCCCUCCCCCCACCACACCACACCACACCGGCAGCACAACACCACCACAACACCACAACAACACCCACACACCUGCCACAAUGCACCUCAGGCCCCAAGUCUCCCGUGCAGUGUUGCAAAUGACUCGUUAUAUGCGUCCAGUCACCCUUGGAAAAUUGCAAUGCUGUUGUGAUCAUGACGUGGCAGUAUUCUUCUUCUGAGACGUGGAGGUCAAGGAAGAGAGAGAGAGAGAGAGAGAGAGAGAGAGAGAGAGAGAGAGAGAGAGAGAGAGAGAGAGAGAGAGAGAGAGAGAGAGAGAGAGAGAGAGAGAGAGAGAGAGAGUGAGAGGAAGGAUAGGGAAUGGAGGGGGUUGAGGGAGACAGUUGGAGUAAAUGGUGGAAGGAUGAUAGGUAUGUCUGUGUGUGUGUGUGUGUGUGUGUGUGUGUGUGUGUGUGUGUGUGUGUGUGUGUGUGUGUGUGUGUGUGUGUGUGUGUGUGUGUGUGUGUGUGUGUGUGUGUGUGUGUGUGUGUGUGUGUGUGUGAUGUGGGGAAGAUAAAGGGUGUGAAAAAGAAAGAGGGAGAGAGAAAAUAAUAAAGAUGGCAUUGGUGAAGAUCAUGAAUGUGUGUAUGUGUGUGUGUCUGUGUGUGUGUGUGUGUGUGUGUGUGUGUGUGUGUGUGUGUGUGUGUGUGUGUGUGUGUGUGUGUGUGUGUGUGUGUGUGUGUGUUAAUCAA